UUUUAUGUAAAUACUCUCAUGCUGAGUUGUUGUUGCAUGCCGGAAGGGAAAAAAAUAAAAGAACAUAGAAGAGAAAAGAUAGUGAAGAAAAGAAUUGUCAAUUAUGGCGUGAAGUUAGAAAAUUCUGUUCUGGAAAGAGAAAGUAUGCGGAACCCUGCAAGAAAUCAGGGUGCGGCGACCAAAGAAUCCGACAACUGAUUUGAAACUUCCGUGAAUCUACGUCUCUUAUUCCAGUACAUAAUACAGACGUUGUUAUAUCACUAAGACCAUGACCCAGUUCACCGAUUGUUAAAAGAAGACUCAACAAGAAACGUUAACAUGGGUAUGGGUAAGUUUCGGUUGCUUCUAUCAGAUUUUGUGAUUUCUUUCAUGUGGGUGUGGUCAGGGGCUUUGAUCAAGAUUUUUGUGCACAAGGGUUUGGGUUUGGGCCAUGAUCCCAGUGGUGAGAUGAUAUAUGGUGUUUUGUCGAUUUUAAGCAUGUUUUUGUUUGCAUUCUUGGGCGAGGUUACCAAAGGAGGGGCUUAUAAUCCUUUGGCGAUUUUGGCUGAUGCCGUUUCUGGGGACUUUCCUCGCUUCCUCUUUACUGUUGGGGCUAGAAUCCCUGCUCAGGUAAUUGGCUCUGUUAGCGGGGUUAAGUUCAUCAUUGACACAUUUCCUGAAAUAGGGCGUGGCCCACGUUUGAAUGUCGACGUCCAUCAGGGUGCACUGACAGAAGGUUUGCUGACAUUUGUAAUUGUUGUCAUUUCACUUGGGCUGGCCAGAAAACUAAAAGGGAGUCCCUUAAUGAAGACCUGGAUCUCAAGUGUCUCUAAGUUAACUCUUCAUAUUCUUGGCUCUGAUCUGACCGGGGGAUGUAUGAACCCAGCCUCUGUCAUGGGAUGGGCAUAUGCUCGCGGAGAUCAUAUAACCAAGGAGCAUAUACUUGUAUACUGGCUUGCUCCAAUAGAGGCCACUCUGCUAGCAGUGUGGACGUUCAAGUUGGUAGUUCAACCACUAACAGAAGAUAAAAAAGACUUGAAAGCUAAAUCAGAAUGAAGAAAUGCACCUCCUACCACGUUAUAAUCAUGUUCAAGUUUCUAAUCUGUUAGCUUUGAACAAUGCAAUUGUGGUUUGAUUUGUAUGAAAAAUAUUCCACUUUGCAAAUGAAUAAUACCUUUGGGUCAUCA